AUGGCUCUCGUUGCCCCAAGCUCGACCUCCCUUCACACUCCUACUGCCAUGGACGUCGACCCUGCUGUAUUUGCGCAAGUCUCCGAGGCGCACCUCAGGAACGGAGCCAUUCCCCUUUCACACUACCUCAACGACCUUGACCUGCUCGCGUUGCUCCCGAGCACUUCCAGCCUACCACCACAUCCACCAGCAGCACAACAGCUCGAGCCGACGAUCCCGAAGGCAGUAGCAAAGAUCCACCAAGCAUGCCAGCAGGCGUUCGGAAACACGCAGGCGGUCAAAUUCGACUUUGAAGAGGACCCAAUCAGUCACGGCAAGCGUUUUAUGAGUAGGAAAUACGACGCGAAGGCCAGCGUGUGCACGCUCGCUAUCCAGAGCGGCGCUCUCGAAUUCAUUGGUGGAGAGCCGAAGGGAGGAUCUUCUUUAGCGUCCGCGUUCGAAACCCCCGGUACCGCUCUCGAAAUGGAUGACUCGGUGAAAGCGAUUGAGCAAUGCUGCCUUGAAUGGGCAAGUGGUCGUGUGAAGCCUCACUGGCUGAUGAUCAGCGAGCCGAAAUUUGGGAAAACCCAGGGAUGCGCUCUCCGUAUUCGCCUGAGCCGGCGCGACUGCCGGGUCUAUUCGGUCAGCACCGUCUACAACAGUGCAGCGGAAGCCAAGAAGGCUUGCGCCGAAGCAGCCCUUGCUGAGGGUGCCAUCGAUUUCAUCAAGAGCUGGACAGCUUCUGACACCGAUAUGGACGUCGAUGAGGUGGAUUCGUCCACUGCGCUCAGCCUUGAACAAUUCUUCGAAUCGCUUCCGCAACCCUUUCCAGAACCGGUCGCCGGUCGCACAGCUGUGGACAUCAAUGGCCCUGCCUGGCUCAACACCACCAUCCAAUCCGCGCGAGGUGGAAAGAUCGUCCCGAAGUUCGUCUACACCGUCGACCCACGGUACAAUUUCCACGGGUGCCUGCUGCGUCUCGAGUGUCCGGGGGCGGUCAAGUCGUAUCUGGUGGACGCGCGAUUUGCGAAGCGCAACGAGGCGAAGGCGGCGGUAUGUCUGCUUGCUAUGUCUGAAGGCGUGGGCGAGUACAUCCGCGGCGUAGGUCAGGCGGUCAAGGACAAGCUGCCUCCUGCGGUGCGCAGGCACGUAUCCUCGGUCCUGCUGCCACUGCUGAAUGCGGAGUACCGCAAGGUGCGGGGGCCUGGGAUGCAGCCUGGGAUCGAGUACGAUCAGGAGUUAGACGCAUGCGGCGCGACGAUGACAAUUGAGCUCGCUCCGAACGCGGGUCCUCAGCAGGUGCGGCGGUACACGGUGCCUGCUGAGUACUGCAGCAGGAAUGACGCGAGGCUCGCGGUCGUGCAUCACGCUGUGCAGGAAGGUGUCAUCGAUUUCUUGCGCUGGCAUGGCAAUACGCCGCCGCUUGGUUACGUUCCUUACGCCGCUCAGCAGGAGCAGCACUUCGCGAGUAGAAAGCGAAAGAACUGGGAAUCUGGCAGUAACAGCAACGGUAAUUAUGGGAACGGCGGCGAGGAAUGGUCGACUCGCAACGUUGUCGGUGGUGCUCCUUCUGGGACUUGGCAGAACAAGAGGCUGCGUACUGGGGUGAGCUUUCCAGCGGAUCCUGGGUACGGUCUCGGCGGGUCUCAGCCUAGUUCAACGGGCCGUCAGGGCCAAGGCUUUAGUCGAAGCCAGGCGCAUAGUCCACCAGGUGGUGGCUAUCCGAUUCAACAGUCUACUGGCAGGCCGUUAUACGUCAACGGGCAGGUCACCCGAUCUGCCAAGGAAGAGAAUUGGAAACACAAUUAUCAUAACGCUUCUGGACUUGGCGGACCGGGUAGUCAUUUCUCUCCCCGCCAAUAUAAGUUCGGACCUAGUGUCUCCGACCCUUCCCGUUCCACGCAAGCCAUUGUUCCUCCUUCAGCGACAUACGCAAGCGGUACGAUGCCGUCAAGCCAACUCUCGUACUCUCCUCCGUAUACAUACCCAGAGGGUGGUGUAGUCUCGCAAGGGGCCCAGCCCGGCCCACCUGGGUCCUAUGGAGCGGUGCUUCAUGCUCAGCCAAUCCCUAUCCCGUAUCAGAAUCCCGCCCCGCCUCCCCCACUCCCGCCAUACAACGCAAUGUCACCCAAUGCUACUACAUACCCUCCACCUGCGGUGCCUGCUGUUCCUGCGACUCCUGCACCCAUACAUCAUCCUCAGCUACAGUAUCCGAAUGCCCAUGGAUAUCUCACUGCGUUCAGCCCUGCCCCGGUUCCGGUGUAUCAGCCGUAUCCCGUCGUGCCUCCUCCACCGCCCGUGACAACAUCAAUGGUCAAUGCGCCCUCCGUCCUUUUGGGUCCUGAGACGCUGCCUCCGCCAGUACCUCAGCCUCCACCUACUCCCCCUCCACCUCUCCCCCCGAUACCAGCGCAGGUCAAGCCGGACCGACCUCCUCAGGCUCAACCAUCGCCUCCUGUCCCGAAACCAUUCUAUCCCGCCGAUCCCCUCUCUGCUUGGCCUACUAAACCCAAGGCUCCAGGCAAGGUCGUUUCGAUUCAGUCUACGCCCAAGACGAACGUUUCGGCACUCUAUGAUUAUUGCAAUGAGCACCAAUUGCCUACCCCGCAAUGGUGUCACGAGAUGCCGAAGGACCAACCGGGCGAGAAGAAGCACAAGGUCUGGGUGGUGAUAGGCAAGAUGAAGUUCGAGCUGCCCGUCACGUUCUCCAGUCUCGGUCAAGGGCAAGAGAAGGUUGCGAAGAAGGUGGUCGACCAGUUCAAGGCGCACGGUCAUGGGGACGCUGCAAAGUGGGCGAGAUCGAAGGCGUGAGUAGGUUCAAAGGUAUCAUGCUUGCCACAAUGCGAUGUAGGCGCCUCGUGCGUAGCACACGACCCAUGAAGAACGCUGUGUUUCACGAUUCGCAACUAUUUUGGAAUUCCACCGUCUAUGUCUGGCAUCUCUUAUACUAUCCUUGUCCCAGUACCAUUU